UCUACUUGUGUGGUUGGUACUGUGUUUAGCUGAGAUAGCCUUCUUUGAAAGGGCCGCCCCUUGAAAUGGAUGCGUUGGCAAUCAGAGCUUAAGUCAGCCACUUGUAUUGCAAAAAAGAAGAAAACUGUCAUGGCUUACACUACAGACCCAUAUUUCUGCCUGGCCAUAUUUUGGGGGCCCCGACCUGAUGGUUGCCAAGUCUAGUUCUCAACACAAAAUGAGACAAACAGAAGAAAAUAGCUGUCCCUGGGAGAGAAGAAUUGACAACCAAUAGUACCCCAAAACCCAAAUCAAAAAAGCCUGAAUUUGGAAAAGAAAGGACCAAAUGAAAUUUUAUUUUCCUCUCUUGACCAGGCACUACAGAGAUCUGGGAGACCUGACUGUGGUAAGAAUCCUCAUCCUUCACCAGCUUCUGCCAGUUUUUCCAGGAUCCCAUCUGGAGGCUCUGGAGCAUGAGAAUUUGUCUGUUCUCUGGGGUGGAAUCUGUCAAGCCUCGAGAGAAGUCUGUGCCUGCUGUGCUGGGCUGUCAGAGCCAACCUGCUCGCUCCAGGAGGUGAUGGGGAUCCCCUCAUUCCUAGUCCUCCCUGCUGCCAGGAGUGACCGAGCUGACUGCACACCCUGCCAUCCUUCGGGCCACAUGCUACUGUGGACGGCUCUGCUAUUCCUGGCUUCUGUUGCUGGGAAACCUGCAGGUCUCCCGAAGGCUGUGGUGAACAUUCAGCCUGCGUGGAUCAGUGUGCUCAAGGAGGAUUACGUGACGCUGAUGUGUCAGGGGACCAACUUGUAUGAAGGCAACCUCACCCUGUGGUUCCAUAAUGGGAGCUUCAUCCAGAGCCAGAACCAGCGCAGCUAUAGCUUUAAGGCCAGCAGCAAUGACAGCGGAGACUACAGGUGUGAGACAGAGCAGACCAGCCUGAGCGACCCUGUGCAUCUGGAUGUGAUUUCCGACUGGCUGCUGCUCCAGACCCCUAGCCUCGUGUUCCAGGAAGGGGAGCCCAUCAUGCUGAGGUGCCACAGCUGGAAAAACAGCCCUCUGAAUAAGGUCAUAUUCUUCCAGAAUGGAAAAUCUAAGACAUUUUCCUAUCUGCGUUCCAACUUCUGUAUCCCACAAGCAAACCUCAGUCACAGUGGCGAGUACCACUGCACGGCAUUUAUCGGGCUGACACUGCACUCAUCACAGCCUGUGACCAUCACUGUCCAAGGGUCCAGCUUGAGCAGCUUCUCAUCGGUGACGAUAGCGGUGGCUGUAGUCGCUUGGAUUGCUGCAGUGGCUAUUGCUGGUGCCAUAGUAGCCUGGUUCUGCCACAGGCGAAAGCAGGUUUCAGCCAAUCUCACUGAUGCUGAAGAGGCUGCCAAAAUGCAGGCUGAGAAUACAGUCACCUAUUCACUGCUCUCAUAUCCGGAAGUUGCAGAGGAAGAAACAGAGUCGUCAGAUUACCAGAACAACAUUUAGUUGUCAUUGUCUUACCUGGGACUUGGGGAAGAGAAUCAGAGAGGCCAAGAUCUGGUGUCUUCUGUCUUGAAUUCCUCUGAAGGAGGAGAAGAGGAUGCUGCAGUUCUAAAGGAGAAUGACUCUUCCAGAGUUAUCUGUGUGAAUCCUGAAGCUCCCUGUUUUGAAAGCCACAGACGAUAUGGUCUCAGAUAACUGACUGCUGAUUUCUUUCUGUGCUUCAGCACUUCUCGCCAUCAGGACUCUUCUGUUAUACAUCCACAAAGCCAGUGAAAAUUACCUUUAUUAAGAGAUUGCAGAAACAUGGGAAAUGCUUAUGUUACAGGUUACAUGAGAAAAAUUAGAUAAGUAUGUUUGAUUUCAAAAAUGUUGAGAUAG